AUGUCAUGCAAGAUCAGACCUCAUCACAACUCGAGAGAGCCCACACAACUUACUUUCAUUGUCACCACUGGUCACGAAGCCACUGCUUUCACUGUUGCAUGCUGGCUACUGCCACACUCCUGGACCACUAAAAGUGACGAGGUUGGGAAAUUCAAAAUCAAUCCAACAGGGCCAGGAAGCAUAAAAGGUCAAUUAUAUGUGAAGAACAAGUUUGAAGUCCAAUGGAAAUUCAAUGCUGGGUGCUGCCAUUUGUCACACAAGCCGAAGUUCCAAGUUGUGAACCCAUGGGGAGGUGGAAAUGUUGUCAUAAAGCACAGAUCAACAAUGCUGCAGCUGCACGUCAGUCAAAGAGGGCAAGAUGAGAUGGAGAUGAGGCUGGAGGCUCACAGAAAGAAAAUAACAUCUAUCAAUACUGUUGUUACAAAUGAAAAUGAGCAGCCUUACCCUCAAAAUAAACUGUCUUCCAUGUUGCCUGUGAAAGCUGAGGUCAUUUCCGAGCCACAGCACUGGUUUGGGGAUCAUGUCAGACCAACCCCUGAUAACAAUGAGCCACCUGCUUUAUUACAUCAUCACUUGUCACUAUUUUUUUUACAAGCACUUACAAGUGCAGUCAAGCAGUUAAGUAGUGAAAGCGAGAAAAGUGAAACCCAAUAUCAUUCACUAGCAAACACAACUUACUCUAAUCAUCAAAUGAUGAAUCUCACGGAAAUGACUCUGCUCGUUUUGGCGCCACAUCAAGAUGAAAAUGGGCAGCAAAGUUCUGGUAACAUGGACAGUUAUGCCACUGGAAAGGUUUUGGUGAACAUCCACAAAUGGCACCCCACCAUCGGAAAGGUUUUGGUAUUUCAAUUUGGCGUGGGUCCUUUUAUUCUGCCAAAAAAGCGCUGGCAAAUAUUGAUGCUCUGGAGGUUUAUGGCAGUCGCAGUAGACUCACAGGAAAGAGACAGUACUGCUGCUCAGAAGGCCACUGAUGACCAGUGUGAAAAGGAGGCGAAGGAGGCAAGUAAAAAAGCUGUGCUGGAAAGUUAUCAGCAUAUUGCUACUUUGCAAGCACAGAUGCAGGCUGAUCAAGAUAAUGCCCGUGUUGACGCACCUAAGCCUAAGCAUCCUCAUGCACACCCAGUGGGGAAGGCUGCCAAAAACCUCAAAGACCCCCGACUCGACUAUGGAUGGUGGGCAAGCAGGAGCAGACUCUCAUUACAGCAGCGGCAUAUGGAACGUGCCAUCAAACUUUUUGCCAAUGGGCAGAUGCUUCUGAGCAACAUCGACACCGCUGGCAAUGGCUGA